GGAGGAUUUCUGUUGGAGGAAACUAAACAUUAGUCCCGCACUGAUUUGGAUUUUCCUCUCGGAAUUACAAUACAUCUCACAAGGGAAUCACCAUUCAUGUCAAUACUCCAAAAUGCAGCCGCCGCCGAGGAAGGUCAAAGUGACGCAGGAGCUGAAGAACACACACAUGGAGCAGAUGACAAGGCUCCACUUCAAACACCAGACCGAAUGUGACCUGCUGGAAGACAUGAGGAGCUACAGCUUGAAGAAGGGGCAGCUUGAGAGGGACUAUGCACAGGCUCUGCAGAAAUUGGCGAGUCAGUACCUAAAGAGAGACUGGCCGGGGACCAACCCUGACGACCAGAGGACAGACUACAGGAAUGUUUACGCAGUGUGGAGGUCCUACUUGGAAGGCACAGUGCAGGUGAGUCAGUCUAGACUCAAUGUGUGCGACAACUACAAGAGCGAAGUUUCGGAUCCUGCUAAGACCGUUAGACUCUACAAGGAGCAGCAGCUCAAAAAGACCAUAGAUCAGCUGAGCGGCAUUCAAGCCGAGCUGCAGGAGUCUGUGAAGGAGCUCGCCAAAGCCAAGAAGAAAUACUACGACUGCGAGCAGGUGGCCCACGCCGUACGGGAGAAGGCCGACAUAGAGGCCAAGUCUAAACUGGGUCUCUUCCAAUCAAGAAUUAGUUUACAGAAAGCAAGCGUAAAGUUGAAAGCUAAGAGAAGUGACUGUAACUCCAAGGCAACGCAGGCCAGGAACGACUACUUGCUAACUCUAGCCGCCGCCAACGCUCACCAUGACCGCUACUACCACACAGACCUGCUGCACUGCAUCCAGGCCUUGGAUGGCAGGAUCUACGAGCAUGUGAAGGACUAUCUGGUAGCGCUGUGUCGCACUGAGCUAGAGGCCUCUCAAGCUACUCACAACACCUUUCAGUUCCUGUUGGACAAAUCCACCAGGAUAAUCCAAGAGUUCAACCAGCAGUUGUUCAUGCAGGAGAAUCCAGUGUUUCACAAAGCACAUGACUUCCAGUUCCAGCCCAGUGAAUGCGACACGACUCUGAGCUCGGUGCAGCAGUUGGUGGACAUUGAGCCGUCGCCCGUCAGUGCCAUGAGAAUGACCCUGGCACAGAGUCGUCAGCUGGAGUCGGAGACGGGGACGACGGAGGAGCACAGCCUGAACAAAGAGGCCAGGAAAUGGGCGACCAGGGUGGCCAGAGAGCACAAGAAUAUCAUUCACUGCAAGAGGUCUCUGGAGGAGUGUGAGAGCCACGGCUUGCCCCCCACGGAGCAAGGCAGACUAGAUCUGGAGCUGAAGAUAGAAGACACCAAAGAAAACAUGCGCAAAGCCGAGAUAAUAAAGUUGAAAGCUGAGGCUCGGCUGGACCUUUUACGGCAAGUGGGGGUUGCCGUGGAUACCUGGCUGAAGAGUGCCAUGAAUCAGGUGAUGGAGGAGCUGGAGAACGAACGCUGGGCCAGCUACACUUCCCACGAUCCCUCACUGUCGGGCACAGUGGACCUGGAGCGUGAAGAAGGUGAAGAAUGUGAAGAGAACAUGGAGGUUUUUGACGACAGCAGUUCUAGUCCUUCGGGGACUCUCCGAAACUACCCGCUGACCUGCAAAGUCCUGUACUCGUACAAGGCCUCCCAGCCAGAUGAACUAACUAUCGAUGAACAGGAGAUGCUUGAAGUCAUUGAGGACGGAGACAUGGAGGACUGGGUGAAGGCUCGCAAUAAAACUGGUCACGUAGGUUAUGUCCCAGAGAAAUACCUUCAGUUCCCGACCUCCAACAGUCUGCUGAGCAUGCUUCAGUCUCUGGCCACGCUCGACGCUCGAUCGCACACCUCAUCCAACUCAACCGAGCCGGAGCUGCACUCUGGCUGCAUCAACGGCGACACAAGCAUGGCGUAUGUUCGUGCACUUUAUGAUUACGAGGGUCAGGCAGACGAGGAGCUUUCCUUUUGCGAGGGAGCCGUUAUCCGCCUGCUGAGCCGCAACACUCAGACAGACGACGGCUUCUGGGAGGGGGAGCUCAACGGACGGGUGGGAGUCUUUCCUUCUGUGCUGGUAGAGGACCUGACUGAAAACGGGGAGACCAGCGGAGGAGGGGCGGGUGACAUACAGAUCUCCCCGUCUUUGAAGUUGCCGUCGUCUCUGCCACCCCUGCCACUGUACGAUCAGCCCCCCAUCAGUUCUUUCACCAGCCCCGAGACCUCCACGCCCCCCCCUCUCCCACGCUCACCCUCCGCUGCACUUAACGGGGAGCACAAGCCUCCACUGCCUGCCUCAGCACACAAGGGCCCACUCUCCACUCACAAUCAAACCUCUGGCAGGAGUCCAGUGUCGCCAGGAUUUCCUCAGACUCAACCACUGCGAUUCACCCCUGAAGGAGGCCCAGGGAAACUACGGCCUGUGCGAGCUGCUCCUCCUCCACCCAAACAGCAUGCCCGCCGACAGCAGGAGAAGAGCGAAAAGACAGAGGAGGUGGAGAUCACGCUGGUGUGACAGACGGGCUUGAAGGUGCUCACAGACACUAAUGACCGGUUUGGGGAACCAAGCCUCUCUGGACUGAAGUGAGCCCAAACAGGUGAUGUGAAGUAAACUGAACUGAACCUCGUGGAACCUUCCAGCUGCUCCGAGCCGUCUCCCAUCCUCGAGUCGAGGAGGAGAGCAGGGAGGGGGGGGGAUCCCUGUAUCAGCUUCCUAUUGAAGUGCCGCAGUAGCCACCUCCACAGCCCUUCCCUCCCCCUCUCUCCCCCGUCCUUCCAUUCUUGCCUUAAAACCUCACCUCAUCAGGCAGCAAACAAGAGCACAGCAGGGGGGAGAAUGAAUGUUUGUGGUGCGGAGGUGUGAGUGAACACAAAUCCUUUUGUUUUUCUUUGCCACCGAUGAGCUGAUAAAACAAAUUAAAACAUACUGACUAUAUACGUCUAUUAUCCUACACGGUCCAUUCAAUUAUAACAUGAGAAGAAAGAACUGCUAACUGGCCCAGUUAAAAAGUUGAAGUGAAAUACUCCAUGUUUCACUGGAUUUUAUGUUCAGGUGGUUUAAGAGAAAUAGAGUUUUAUUUAUUUUUUGACAUAUCGCAUAAACUGGGCUCUGUGAAGCAGAAUCAGUUGCCAAGGUUGUCAUGUUGUGGCCUGUAGUGGAGCAUGAAGUACAUGGAUGGGUUGUGUGUGUGUGUGUGUGUGUGUGUGUGUGUGUGUGUGUGUGUGUGUGUGUGUGUGGGAUGCAGAGUCCCCCUCAUGGAUGUAUUAAGAAGACCCCCUCUCCCCAGCCUUGCCCUCACCAAAUAUAGUCCUUAUGAUCAUAUGUAUUCAAUGUGUAUUAGUACAGUACAUUACUGUUGUCAUAGGAGUGUUAAUGCUCAGCAUUUCAUAUAUAACUCAGCUGAAUGGAUUACCAUGUCUGAUAUGUAGUGGACGUUUUAUCCUCAUACUGAAGGGCAUUGUAAAUACAGUAUGACAAAGGGAAGACAGGAGUGAAGGGAGAGGAGGGUGAAAGCAAAGGGGAAAGGAGGCUGGAUCCUCCUUCCUGCUCUUAUCUCAGCCUUUCUUCUCAUCCCUCGCCUUUUCUCUGUUUUGUCCAUUGGCAGUGGGUGUAAAUCAGUGGUUAUCAUGUACACACAUACAGCUGAAUAAUACUACACAUGCGUUGUUAUAUCUUUGUCAUUCUGACCCGCUGCGUGGUCACUGGUUGGUCCAGGAGGAGGCAGGCGGUGCUUUCAAAAGCACUGAAAUUGUUGGUAUUCACUAUGUGGUGACAAAGAAAUGUUUUAUUGGACAUGAUCCACAGUAGGCAAUGAAAGUAUUUGGGGGUCAGGAGUUUUAUUAAUCAUUGAAUGAACUGUACAGCUUUUAUCUCUACAGAUCAUAUCUCCUCACUCUGAUUCUGAUUCAUUUAUGCUGUUGCUCAUGUAUAACACAUUUACCUAUUAGCUGACACACAGUACAUUACAUUUGCAGGUAUUAUUUUUAUCUGUUUCCAAGCAUCCCCAUCACAUCGCUGUGGGAGUCACCUUUUUAUAGCAGCAAAGAGACACAGUGUUUUAAGAUCAUCCCUUUGUUUUUCUCAUGUUUUACAUUUCAGCCUUGUCGGUGAUAGAAACAGGAAAAAGAGAUCCAUAGUGGAAAAAGAAACAGUAAAUGACAAACAAUUGAAGCUAAAUACAAACCAUUGCGUUUUUUAAUCAAAUUAAAUAACCCUUUCUUGCCUAAAGGGCAGUGUAGCACUUUUAUUUAUUUGUACUUUUCCUGCAAAGUAGCAGCGUCAGAACGAGCUAAAAUGCCUCUGAUCCAUCACUUUAGUUAAAAACACAGAAGCCACUUAUUGUUUUUGUUUGAAUGCUUGGUUGCAUCCAGUUUGUUUCAGUGUGACUGAUACUUUUUCUUGUUUUUCUAAAGAAAAGGGGAGAUAAGUGUUGUUUUUUUUUAAAUUUUAUAAACAACAAAUAAAAUAGAUGAUACAUUUUGAAUAUGUAAUUUUUUGUUUGAUUCUGAAGACGUGUCCCAGUUCUUUACUCCAUAUCUAUUGUAGCCAGUGUUAAUUUCAGAGUCGGGAAUGCACUUGAUAAAUAUGUGGUGUUUAAUAGGCUGAUUCAAGAUAAUCAUGGUGUAAAAUCUCCAGAAAAAUGGCGAAAAACUAAAAGUGAAGACAUUCAAUGUGUGUUUCUCUCUCCUGUUAUGUAUAUUCAUUUUGUAUGUGAAUUGUAAAAACAGUAUGACGUUUGAAAAUCAGUGCAGUGACAUUUACAGAAUAUGUAAUAUGGAGCUGGGACACAGUUUGUAAAGACCUGAUCUGGGCCCAUAGUGAGUUCUUCUCUAGAUUCAAGAAAUUUUAAAAAUGCUUAAAAAGACCAUUUGUUUUAUUAAAUCAGCCUUUAGAACCACAACACAUGUAGUGUAGCAUCCAGACCUGCUGCUGGUGUGCGACCCAGACUCGACCCGGAGCGGUGGGGUCAGAGGAACGGCAGCCUCUCCGUGAUCUCUCUGAGAUCUUUUUUUAUACUCGUUUUCGAACUUGUUUUGAAGUUUAUGGUUUACAUCAGCAUCAGGCAGGCCCUCCCGUCAUAAAAGCAGUCAGUCUAUCCAUCGCAUAGGAAACGAAUUACCUUUAUGUUGCCAGUUGCCACUUUAGCACAGCAUUUUCCCUUUUUGAACAUUGUGUUGCAGCAUUCUAUUAUUUGCUCUGAGCUUGUUUUUGGUUUUAUGUAGUUCCAUAUUUUUCACCCUUGGAUUUGGAGCAGUUGCACAGCCGCUGUUAUUAACUAGCGGUGGAACAACUGGCCUUUUUCUUGCUUCACAGACAGUUGCCAUGGUGACAAUAAUGAAAAGUCUUUCUGCAUAUAAUUAUUGGCUGUACAAAAAAGUUUGUAUUUAUUGUGUACAAAUGUUAAUUAAUAAAAAAAUAUUGAAAAGUA